GUCGAAGCGUUUCGGACCAGUGUGUGACGCAGCAACGAGGCCUCGGUUCUGAAAUCACGUGACUGGACCAGUGUGACACGCGCACCACCGCUUCGCAUUCGAAUGGAACCUUAUUUAAGGAGAAAGCCAAGUCGGUGAUUUAAAACCAAAUCGGUUUUGGUUGUAGAACAGCUAUUAGAGAAUAGAGUGAACGAAACCUGAUUGAUGGAGACUGAUGAAAUGAGCGGCAUCGAACAUUUCCUGGUGAUAAAGAUGGAGCAGCAUGAAAACAAUCAGACCACAGAGACUCCAGAUGUGCAGAAAACCUGCCAGUCCUCACCUAUGCAAGAUUGCAAGAACAAAAGGCAGUAUCUCAAGGAACUGAAAGAAGAUUCUGUCGCAUGCCAUCAGCAUGAGAUGCAUUUCAUUCAACAAGCAAACCUUAUGCAGCACAUGAGCAUUCACACUGGAGAGAAGCCGUUCAUCUGCCCUCAGUGUGGAAAAACUUUCAUAUUUAAACAAAGCCUUGAGAGACACAUCAGAAUUCAUACUGGAGAGAAACCUUUUUCCUGCUCUGAAUGUGGGAUGAGUUUCAUAGAGAAACAAAAGCUUAAUAUUCACCUGAGAAAUCACACUGGAGAGCAACCUUUCACCUGCCCUCAGUGUGGAAAGAGCUUCACAUUUAAACAAAGCCUUGAGAGACACAUGAGAAUUCACACUGGGGAGAAGCCUUUCACCUGCUCCGAGUGUGGGAUGAGUUUCAUAGAGAAACAAAAGCUUAAAAUUCACAUGAGGAUUCACACUGGAGAGAAACCUUUCAACUGCCCUCAAUGUGGAAAGAGUUUUAGAGUAAACAGGAGCCUUAAGAGACACAUGAGCAUUCACACUGGAGAGAAACCUUUCGGAUGUACCCAGUGUGCAAAGCGUUACACAGUGAAACAACACCUUGAGAAUCACAUGAGAAUUCACACUGGAGAGAAACCUUAUACUUGCUCGGAGUGUGGAAGCAGUUUCAUGGAACAACGACAACUUAUAAUCCACAUGAGGAUUCAUACUGGGGAGAAGCCUUUCACUUGCCCUCAAUGUGGAAAGAGUUUCACACAACAAGGACAGUUGAAAUGUCACAUGAGAAUUCACACUGGAGAGAAACCUUUUACUUGCACUCAAUGUGGAAAUUGUUUCACAGUGAAGAGUACCCUUGACAGUCACAUGAGAAUUCACACUGGAGAGAAGCCUUUCGGCUGCUUUCAGUGUGGGAAGAGUUUCAUUCAACAAGGGCAACUUCAAAUUCACAUGAGCGUUCAUACUGGAGACAAGCCUUUCAUCUGCCCAUACUGUAUGAAGAGUUUCCCACUGAAGCAUGGCCUUGAGAGACACAUGAGAAUUCACACUGGAGAAAAGCCUUUCAGCUGCUCUGAGUGUGGGAUAAGCUUCAGAGAGAAACAAAAGCUUAAUAUUCAUAUGAGAAUUCACACUGGAGAGAAACCAUUCAGCUGUUCUGAGUGUGGAAAGAGUUUUACAGUGAACAGGAGCCUUAAGAGGCACGUGAGAAUUCACACUGCAGAGAAACCAUUCACCUGCACCCAGUGUGGAAAGAGUUUCAUGGAACAAGGACACCUUGAAAGUCACAUGGGAAUUCACACUGGAGAAAAGCCUUUCGCCUGCUCUGAGUGUGGAAAGAGUUUCACAGUGAACAGAAACCUUAGGAGACACAUGAGCAUUCACACGGAAGAGAAGCCUUUCACUUGCCCUCAGUGUGGAAAGAGCUUCACAGAACACGGACAACUUAAAAGUCACAUAACCAUUCACACCGGAGAGAAGUCUUUCACCUGCUUAGAGUGUGGAAAGAGUUUCACAGUGAAACAAGGCCUUAAGAGACACAAGAGAAUUCACAUUGGAGAGAAGAAUUUCACCUGCUCUGAGUGUGGAAAAAGUUUCAUGCAGCAAGGACACCUUCAAAACCACAUGCGAAUUCAUACUGGAGAGAAGCCUUUCAUCUGCUCUGUGUGUGGAAAGUGUUUCACGAUGAACAUUACCCUUGAGAGGCACAUGAAAAUCCACACCGGAGAGAAGCCUUUCACCUGCUCUUAUUGUAUGACGAGUUUCACAGUGAAACAAGGCCUUGAGAGACACAAGAGAAUUCACACUGGAGAGAAGCCAUUCACCUGCUCUGAGUGUGGAAAGAGGUUCGUGCAACAAGGACACCUUCAAAUUCACAAAAGAUUUCACACUGGAGAGAAGCCUUUUAUCUGCUCUGAAUGUGGAAAGAGUUUCACAGUGAAACAAAGCCUUAAAAUUCACAUGAGAACUCACACUGGAGAGAAACUUUCCAACAGAGUGGAGGAAUCUCCUCUACUGCCACCUGUGUGCAUCAUCCAUCCAGAUAAUGUAAAGUGAGUCCUAGCGUACCCACCAGCUAUUGGAGGAGAGUGAUUAGUCAGUCUAUUUAAAUGAUUUUGGCCAAGACUGAUAAGAGACCAAUGGAUGCCAGCAAAAACACAUUGUAAAUAGAAGCAUUUGAUGCAAUGAGAGUAGACCUAAAUUAGGUUCUGUAACUAAAGCCAUUAUUGCAAUUGAGUCAUUUCCGAUUU